GAGAUGUAUCGCUCUGGUUAUUCGUGUUGUUAGGAGAGUCGAGCGGUAGUUCGUCCGAAGUUACACCGAGACUUAUAAUGUCACAAUAAUGCUGCGCUAAAGAUGAGUCGACAGCAGGACGAGCAGGGCGUCGUGUUAACCGCGUACACCAGCAACAGCGAAGCCUUAUCGACUGUCGGCUGCAGAGAGCCGACGGAGUUCCCCGGAGCGAGCCGCAGGACCGGUCAGCACAAUGUCCAGCGGGGGAGAGCGGCCGCUGCGGCUCUGGGAUGGGGCUCAGGGAAGGCACCGUACCAGCGCUGCAGCUCCCAGGACUCUCUGGACGAGCAGGCCAUGGUGGACUACUUCACAGAGGUGGAGAUCAUCCAGCGCAGCGGAGACACAGAGACACAGGAGGACCUGCAGCUGAAGGUGGCUGAUGAGGGCGAGCAGGAGGAGGCGUGGCUGAUGGAGGCGGGGCUUGCGACACUGUUCGACCAAUCAGCUUCAGACGGCGAGGACAGCAUCGUUCUGCUGUCGACUCUGACACGAACACAAGCUGCCGCUGUGGAGAGACGCGUGGAGACGCUCAAACAGACGCUACGCAAACGCAACAAACCGUACAGUGUCCCGGAUGUUCGGGAGAUCUUUAAACCAUCACCUGCUUCACAGAGUAAAGAUGAGGCUGGAUCCACAGAAAGAAGUGGCAGCAGUAAACAGGAAGUGGAAGGACUGGUAGGUAAUGGGGCGGGGCCAGACGCUCCAGGGGGCGGAGCUGACGCAGAGACGGACAUUAACCUGGAGGUGUCGUUCUCCGAGCAAGCACUUCUCUACAGAGAAGGGUUAAAGGUUACCCAGCCCCAGAGUGAAGCUGACGACAGGUUACCCGAUUUUCGAGUGUCUCAGGAUAAGACGGGACAGACAAGAGUAGGCGAUCUGUCCUCUGAGGACAUGAAGAAGGUUCGCAGGCUUGUUCUGAUCGAGAUGAGCGCUCUGUUCGACACGUGUGGCAUCGAGGUGAAGGCUCAUAAAGCUCUCAAGGUCAAAGUGAGAGAGUCGGGUUUGUUUGGUGUUUCUCUCUCUACGCUGCUGGAACAAGACCAGCGGAGGGUCCCGGGAACCAGAGUGCCUCUCAUCCUGCAGCACCUGAUGUCUCAUAUCGAGGAGCAGGGUUUAGACACGGAGGGUGUGCUGCGGAUCCCUGGAGCUGCUACCAGAGUGAAGGCUGUGUGUCAUGAGCUGGAGCACAAGUUUUACGAGGGCACGUUCCUGUGGGAGAGUCUGAAACAGCACGACGCGGCCAGCCUCCUGAAGCUGUUCAUCAGAGAGCUGCCCUAUCCUCUGCUGACCGUCGAGUACUUCAGCGCCUUCCUCUCCGUGCUGAAGCUGCCCACUAAGAAACAGCAGCUGCAGGCUCUCAAUCUGCUGCUGCUCCUGCUGCCCGAACCCAACCGAGACACGCUCAAGGCUCUGAUGGAGUUCUUCCAGAGAGUGAUCGACCAUAAGGACAGGAAUAAGAUGACACUGAACAAUGUUGCAGUGGUGAUGGCGCCCAACAUCUUCAUGUGUAAGGGCUUCCGCAGUAAGAUCAGUGAACAGCAGGAGUUUGCUAUGGCCACGGGCACGGCUAACAUCGUCAGACUGCUCAUCCGCUACCAGAAGCUCCUCUGGACGAUUCCCAAGUUCAUCCUGAAUCAGGUGCGGAAACACAACAUGGAGAACCAGCGGAAGAUGAACCGAGACAGAGCGGUUAAAAAACUACUGAAGAAGAUGGCAUACGACCGCGAGAGAGCCUCUCACAAACAGGAGAGCACCGCUGAGACUGAAGGAGGCUUCAUAAGGGUCCAGGCUCCUCAGUUCUCGAUGGUGUCCAUGGCUGUACAGCUGACGGAGGAUUUAAAGGCCUCAGAUGUUCUGACACGUUUCCUCAGUCAGGAGAGGACUCUGUCUGUGAAGCGAGAGGAUCUGUGUCUCUAUGAGAUGGGAGGAAACAUCAAGGAGAGAUGUCUGGAUGAAGAGACGUACAUCACUGCUCUCCUGGAGCUCAACCCCAGUGCAGAGUGGGUCAUAAAGUCUGUCCAGCACUGACCGAACCUUGCCAAUCACCCAUCCCACCACACGUCCAUCACAACCAGACCAGUGAAGGGAAGCUAGCAGUGUUCAGAGCCUAACACGAGCGCUCUGAGCGUAUUACACAGUCAGCCCGUCCUCUAACACUGCUCAAACCAAACCAACCGCACACCUCCAACACUACACAGAUCUGGUUUCAGAUGAUGCUUGGGUAGCAGUCGUAUGAACUUCCUUUAUAGUAGAAGCCAAAGCACUUUGACUCAUUUUAAUCGCUUGUGAGGAAUAGGUUGUUUGUUCAGAGACUAAUUUACCAGCUUUUCCUGAAAAUCUCCAGGUCAUGUUUCAUCCUAGAAGAAAUAAAGAAUAAACUGUAUUUUGUAGCUUUUGCACUGUAACAUUUUGAUUCAUAAUCCAACAUUUCCACUCUUCCUACUGUGACACAAAAAUUGACUAAUCUGGAAUUUUCUUUUCUUUUUUUUUUGUAAAUCAUUCUCAUCACAUCCUCAAUAAUGUUGAAGGAGUGAAUAUAUAUUCAGUAUACUGUGCUCUUAUCAUUGCAGUCUUUUUAUUAAGGUAAUGAGGACCUGGGGAUAUGCUCAAUUAUCAUGAAAAUAUAUAUUUUUUAAUAUGUUGU